AUGGAGAUAUCUAUGUUCGAUCCUUAUUUUGGAAUAAAUUUUAAGGUCGAAGAACCAGUAGAGUUAGAUGACCUGGUUAUAAGGUCGUCACAGGAAUUAGUCUCAAAAGAUGUAAAUGUUGUUCCUGAAAAAUGUAUAGAAGAUGAAUGUGAUUCCGAUAAAGCUCCUGUUGUUGGCGAUCUCGUUACAGAUAGAGGUGUGGUUUUUAUCAGAACAAAUCGGAACCCUAUCCGACAAAAUUCUGCAAAGGCAAUAAAAUUGUCGCAUGAUUUACGCAACAAGGAUCUUUCAAUAGAAACUACUCGUCAUCUCCAUAUUAAGACUGUUCAUGAAGGAAUAAGAUAUCCAUGUGUUCAAUGUGAUAAAACGUUUACAAGGAAAUCUCAUCUAAAUAAACAUGUGAAAUCUAUUCAUGAAAGAAAAAACUAUCCAUGUUAUCAGUGUGAUAAACAAUGUGCAUCUAGAUGCAGUUUAAAUACGCCUGUAAAAGUUACUCAUAAACGUUCGAAAUUUACUUGUAAUGUGUGUAACAAAGAGUUUGCUUUUAAAGGAAAUCUAAAUAGACAUCACAAGAGUAUUCAUGAAGGAAUGAGAUAUACAUGUAAUCACUGUGAUCGAAAGUUUAAAACAAACUCUGAUUUAAAUGAACAUGUAAAAGUUACUCAUGAAGGAAUAGUAUAUCGAUGCGAUCAAUGUGAUAGAAAGUUUUCAUCUAAAUCCAACUUAAGGGAACACCUGAAAAGGGUCCAUCCAGUGAACUGAAGAAUUACGCCAAAAUCUCAUCUCAAUUAAAAAGAUUUAAAGAGACCAAAUUUCUAACUAUCUGACUGACUGUUAUAACUUGUCAAUUGAAUGCUACUUGUUAUAUCCGGUUGUCGCUGAUUGUUGUGUCGGAAACACUUAUCACUUAUACUCGGAACGAGGGACCUCCGCAAUUCCAACGACGUGAGAGUAAGAACAUAAAGACUGGUAUACGUGAAGCUUUAUUAAUCCUCGAAACACGACGACGACGACGACCCUAGUCGAAAUUACACUCAUUUAUAUAUUGAUUGUACACACACUUUGACUAAUAAUUAGGAUGAAAUCAUAUAUAUGAAAAAUACUUAGAGUUAUAACAAAUCACAGACUGAGCAUAGUUCAUAUCAAUUGAAUAUACAGAAUAAAAUAUCAUACGAGAAGACAAAACAACUACUACACUAAAUGAUCACCACAUUGAAGCAGAACAGAAGUAAUCUUGAAUAAAACUCAUAAUGAGUAAAUCAAUCGAAUCUUGACUUUUCUUCUCAUCAUAUCACUGACCAUAUUAAGAAAUUCUAUUUAUCUAUUGAUGGUUUACUGUUAAUGAGUUAUAUAUCACAUAAUAGAUGGCUAAAAGACAAAUGUUACAAUUGAAUCAAUGUUUUCUCAUUUCUGUUCUUUCUAUUCAAUGUAACUGUAACCUUUUAAACCUAAUGGUUUUUACUUGUCAUUAUUCACUGUUUCACUCUUAGUAAUUAUUGAUUUUGAACAAUUUGAAGGUGUGUUAUUUUUACUGUAUAACCUAUAUUUCACGUUAUCUCAACGGUUCAUAAUAUCCCUUAAUUUUAUAAUGUGUCAUGCAUAUUGUGAUAUUUAAUUGUCAACAGCUAACUGAUGUUCCCUUUUUUUUUUUUAAAAAAAAACUUCAGUUAUCUUCAUUAUUUAGUGACUGAUGUUUGAAGUCUUCGUUAUUUAACCGUCAGGUGUAAUGUUGUUGCUGAAAGAGAAAUACUCCUUUUCUAUACAACGAUCAUAAUAGAAUGAAAAAUUUAGUUUCUCAUUUACUUCAAUAAUUUAUUUUUAUUCAUUGUAUGUAUAUCAAAUGUAUCUUUUGUAUAAUAUUUAUUAUUUUUAUUACUUUUUAUUUUAUAUAAUCUUGAUUGUACAGAUAAAGUUAUUAUUUUUACUGAGUUUAUGGUUACUACUUUCUUUUGUUUACGUGUGCGUCUGGGUAACGUAUACAAUAUUCUUUUCUUAUUUUAUUAAUCCAUACAAAUCAUAUCGUUUCAAAGUGUAAACUAAAUAAGCUGUAUUGAUUUUCAACUAACUAUUUUAUCAGGUACGACUUUUUGAUCUGACGUUAUUAAUCGCAUUCGAUCGUAAAACAUUAUUAAUCCAGGAAGUAAAUGAAAUUCAUAGAGAUGAAGAGAAAUAGUAGUCAGAUUCAGCUGUGAUUGUAAUAGAUUUAUUGAUCACAUUAUGUAUAUAUAAUGUAAUUGAAAUAGAACUUAAAUAUUUGAAAUUGUGCCAAAAACCAAACCUCUAAUUAGUUAUGCUGAAUAUAGUUACUUGAAUAUCAAUCAUUUCCACAAAUAAUUUCUCAGUAGGUGUGUAAAAAACAUUUUUGGCAUGAACAUUGUCUAUAGAAAUAAAUCUAUUCUUUUUCAAAGUAAUAAAGAGACUGUCUUUUAGAUCAAUCGGUAUAAUCCAGUACCUACUUACAACAUUUUUAGUUUAUGUAAAGCGAAAUCAUUUUAUUCUAAAUCCGCUUUGUAUAGAAAUCAAUAAACAAAUAAAUUUUUGAGACUGGACUGAUUCGCUAAAGUUUGUUCAUGAAACGAAGUCAGUUCUGUCGUUUGUACGCUUUAUCGACGAUUACAUCCUUUCGGAUACUUGAAAAUUCCCUCAUCAGUGGUACUUGUACAAUUUGAUAAUUGUUUUUUACAUACUUAACUACAUAGUUUCAAUAUAUUACAUAUUUUUGAGUUCG